CAUUCUCAAUCUCUCUUUCAAUCUUCGUUACUAUUCCAUUAUUCUCAAUCACAAACACAACAAUAAUGGAAAACCAUGACCCGCCAAAUCCUCCACCACCACCAUUAUUACUAUUGCCAACACCCCAAGAUAACCACCACAACAACAACAAUAUUCCAUUUGUACCCUUCACAUUACCUUCCAUGCUUCAUCAAAACCCUUUGCAAAUGGAACCUCAAUCUCAUCCUAAUGAUAAUAACAAUAAUAAUAAUAGCCUUGGUUGUGACAUCAAUGAUGACUAUUAUUGGAGCAACAUUAGUUAUGUUUUCUCCGGCGGCGAUGGCGGCGCUGGCCACAACAACGUUAGUGAUGCCAAGGAAACAAUAACGAGCGCAAUGGAAUGCGGUUCUUCUUCUCUUCAUCCUUCUUUCAAUAUGACCGAAAAUGUUAUCGGAACUCGUGGCAUAGAAGAAAAGGAGAAGAAAGAGAAAAAGAAUAUAGUUGGAAGAGUGAAGAAGGCAACAAGAGUGGCAAGGUUUGCAUUCCAAACAAGAAGUGUUGAUGAUAUAUUGGAUGAUGGUUACCGCUGGAGGAAGUAUGGCCAGAAAGCAGUGAAGAAUACCACAUAUCCUAGAAGCUACUACCGUUGCACGCAUCACACAUGCAAUGUGAAGAAACAAGUGCAGAGGCUGUCGAAAGACACAAGCAUUGUGGUGACAACGUACGAGGGAAUUCAUAACCAUCCUUGCGAGAAGCUUAUGGAAACUUUGACCCCUCUUCUCAAACAGAUUCAGUUUCUCGCUACCAUCUAAUUAAUUCCUACCAUCUGUAACAUAUAUAUUUGCUAUGCUUGCAUUGUGAGUUGUGAUGAUUUCUGAACUUAAAUAAUAUUUUGUGUGUAUAUAUGAAUCCAGAUCGGUGAUCCUGAUUGCUUGCUUCUGUAAUAAAAUUAACGUAAAUUAUAUUUUA